AGUUAUUGGAACCAGGACAUGAGACCUCAUGCUUUAGUUUCUGCUUAGAAAGUAUUAUACUGUAAAGCUAGUGUUGAUGUUACUACUGUCCUUGACCUAUUGAUAGACAUUUGUUCAGUGCUGUACUUUUAGUGGUACCAGACUAUUUAACAAUUAUAGAAGACUCCACAGGUUCAACAGGCUGAGACUCGAGCUGGACAUGGACCACCUGCUGCUGCUGCUGCUGCUGUGGAGCGCAGGAGCCCAGGCUGAAGAAAAUCACACGUCAACAGAAUCCGAUGGGUUCAGGUUGGAGGGAGGAGACAGCCGCUGUGCAGGUAGACUGGAUGCUAAAAAUGAAGGUGAAUGGAGACCAGGAGUUGGAACUGCCUGGACACUGAAGAAAGCAGCUGUUGCCUGUGGAGCGCUGGACUGUGGUUCUGCUGUUUCUGUAGAAAACAGAGAAGAGUCCUCAGUCAGACCUGUGUGGCGGAUCAGCUUUGACUGUGUUAGUUCUGGAUCUGCUCUGGGGGAGUGUGUAGAAUCGUAUUACUCUUCCUCCUCUCUGUACCUCACCUGCUCAGAACCUUAUGAGAUCAGGUUGAUGGGAGGAAACAGUCGCUGUGCAGGUAGACUGGAGAUGAAGCAUGAAGAAGACUGGAGACCAGUGGAUGGAUCUGGCUGGACACUGAAGGAAGCAGAUAUUGUCUGUAGAGAGCUGGACUGUGGUUCUGUUGUUUCUAUGGAACAAAAAGAAACGCCUUUAAACAUAUUUGUGUGGCUGAUCAGCUUUGACUGUGUUCAGUCUGGAUUCACUCUAUGGGAGUGUGCAGAAUCAUUAAUAUCUGAUUCCUUCAUCCACAAUCUCAUCUGCUCAGACUCUGUCAGGCUGCUGAAUGGGACUGGUCUGUGUUCAGGCAGACUGGAGGUCAGGUCCAACCAGGGCUGGUCCUCAGUGUGUGAAGCUGACUUUGACCAGCAGGAUGCAGAGGUGGUCUGUAGGGAGCUUGGCUGUGGGGCUCCUUCAGCCCUCCAGGGGGCGCUCUAUGGAGAAGUGGAGGCUCCAGUGGGGUCCAAAGAGUUCCAGUGUGGAGGCCAUGAGUCUGCUCUGCUGGACUGUAGAAGCUCAGACUCAGCUAGAACCACCUGCUCAUCUGGAAACGCUGUUGGACUCACCUGCUCAGAACCUGAUGAGAUCAGGUUGAUGGGAGGAAACAGUAGCUGUGCAGGUAGACUGGAGAUGAAGCAUUAUGGAGAAUGGAGACCAGUGGAUGGAUCUGACUGGACCCUGAAUGAAGCAGCUGUUGCUUGCAGACAGCUGGACUGUGGUUCUCCUCUUUUUAUCAUAAAGGAAGAAGAGUGUUUAAUUAGACCUGUGUGGAGAAUCAGCUCUGACUGUGUUCACGCUGGAUCUGCUCUGAGGGAGUGUCGAGAAUCAUUUAGAAUUUUAUUUUUCUCCCUGAAUCUAACCUGCUCAGACCUGCUGCUUCAGCCAGUCAUCUCUGUUUCCUCCACUGACGGGGUCUCCCAGGCCCGUCAGCAGGGGUUGCAGGUGUUCAAAGGUUUAAGCUUCACAAUCCGCUGCUCCAUCCAGCCACAGUACCCAGGAGGCUCCUUCCAGCUUACCUUCACCCCCUCCUCAUCCAGUACAAACCUCAACUACAGCCAGCCAGCUGUUAAUCACUCUACCCACUUCCUGUUUCCUGUUGCAGAGCCCGCCCACCAAGGAAACUACACCUGUGUUUAUCAGGUGUACGUUUUCACCCAUAACUUCUCCUCUGAGAGCCGUCGACUGUCUGUCAGUGUCUCAGAUCCAACAGGGUUUCACCUCAAAGUGGUCUUCCUGCCUCUGACUUUGCUGCUGCUCUGCACUGCCCUUUACUUCUACUGUGAGGCCACCAGGGGGCAGACGUCCAUCAGACAGGAGGACAUGGAGCUGGUGAACUAUCCGCUGGGUGUGCACCUAUAGAGGAAGGAGACUUUCAGUAAAAACAUGACCUCACAUCCAGAAGGAUCUGAGUCAGGAAUUAAGCUGUGACUCUCCGCAUAUCCUAUUCUAUCCAGUCUGGUUACUAUGGAGAUUUAUUCUCUGAACUUAUCCUGGUCCAGAGCAGGUUAACAUCCAGGUUAGCUCUAGUGACUCUACCUGUUUUAUUAGCAAUUAAUGUUUUCUGUUAACAUGUUAAACAUUUUACUUAUUUUAUACUAACUUGAAGUAAGUUUUUUGAUGUAAGGCUUGUUUAAUAGAAUUUUAUCAAUGUUUAUGUGUGAAUCACAAUCAUUGUCGGGCUUAGUUUUACGUAGCUUGUUUCUCAUAUUAUUGUGGUUUUAAUGAAUAUGUGCAUUUUUGCAAUUGUUGAGUUUAAAUUAGGAUUAGGAUUAGGUCAGAUCCUCUGUCACUUAGUAAUGAUAAUAAAGUGCAUGCUGCCAUCAUCCAGUCAGUCCA